AUGCAGAGCCAGCUCUCCCAGGCACUGAAUGGAUUGUCAGACAGAGCCAAGGAAGCCAAAGAGUUCCUGGUGCAGCUACGAAACAUGGUUCAGCAAAUCCAGGAGAACAGCGUGGAGUUCGAAGCCUGCCUGGUGGCACAGUGCGAUGCCCUCAUUGACGCGCUCAACAGAAGGAAAGCCCAGCUGCUGUCCCGAGUCAACAAGGAGCACGAGCACAAACUGAAGGUGGUACGAGACCAGAUCUCUCACUGCACAGUCAAGCUGCGCCAGACCACAGGCCUGAUGGAGUACUGUCUGGAGGUCAUCAAAGAGAAUGACCCAAGUGGGUUUUUACAGAUUUCCGAUGCUCUGAUCAGGAGAGUGCACUUGACCGAGGACCAGUGGGGAAAAGGGACGCUGACCCCAAGGAUGACCACAGACUUUGAUUUGAACCUGGACAGUGCGCCUUUGCUGCAAUCCAUCCAUCAGCUCGACUUUGUGCAGAUGAAAGUCUCAUUAAUUCACAGAGCGCAGAGAUCCGGCACAACCGCUUCCUCUCCAGUGCCGGCACCCCCGAUCCUACAGCUAGAAGAAUGUUGCACCCACAACAACAGCGCUACGUUGUCCUGGAAACAGCCCCCUUUGUCGACCGUGCAGGUGGAAGGCUAUAUUCUAGAGCUGGAUGAUGGGAACGGUGGUCAGUUCAGGGAGGUGUACGUUGGGAAAGAGACGAUGUGCACUGUGGACGGUCUGCACUUCAACAGCACGUACAGUGCUCGCGUCAAAGCCUUCAACAAAACAGGAGUCAGCCAGUACAGCAAGACCCUGGUCCUACAGACGUCCGAGGACACAGAGUCAGAAGAACAGACCCUCCCUUUUCCAGUGCCUUUGGAAAGAUUUCAGCUCCGUAGAAUGAGUCCUUUCUCCUCCACACUUAAUCUACAACCCAGCUUCUCAGGGAGAUCCUACUUUGAGCUAAGAUCCUCGUCCCACCCGCUGAGCUUGCAUUCUUCUUUGCAGUCUCUGAAUUCAGCCGGAUGCAAUUUUGAGACACAGUCAGCGCCUUACUCUCAAUUAGUUGACAUUAAAAAACUGGUGGCAGUGGCCUGGUUUUCGUUCGAUCCCGGCUCUGCACACUCUGACAUCCUCUUUUCCAAUGACAACCUGACUGUCACCUGUAACAGCUAUGAUGACAGGGUUGUGCUGGGGAAAACUGGCUUUUCCAAAGGGCUCCAUUAUUGGGAGCUGUCGAUCGAUCGUUACGAUAACCACCCAGACCCGGCCUUUGGCGUGGCUCGUGUUGAUGUCCUCAAGGAUGUCAUGCUAGGAAAGGACGACAAAGCCUGGGCAAUGUAUGUGGACAAUAACCGGAGCUGGUUCAUGCACAACAAUUCACACACCAACAGGACCGAAGGGGGAAUAACAAAAGGUGCCACCGUUGGAGUGCUCCUUGACUUAACCAGGAGGACCCUAACCUUUUCCAUCAACGAAGAUCAGCAAGGUCCUGUGGCUUUUGAGAACAUGGAGGGCCUGUUCUUCCCUGCCGUCAGUCUGAACAGGAAUGUACAGGUGACGCUCCACACUGGUUUGCCGGUCCCCGAAUUCUAUACUUCCAGGGCAUCCAUGCAGUGAUGAGACUACUGAAGCCAGCUGCCUUUUCUCAGGAUGAGUCAAGCGAGCUGCUUUACUUUGUCAAGAAGAGACCUCACAGGAGCCGGGGAAUCUUUGGUCAGCUGGUAACUGGAGACCAGGGAAAACCAAAAACAAAAACAAAAGCGAGAAGAGAAGAAACCGGCCUUCUCCAGUCUUCGUACUCCACGACCGCACGGCAAACCCGCUUGGCGUCUCCGGCACCGUACUGUGCGCGUUUGCUUUGCUGUUUAGCUCUUUUGGCUGAUAAAGUACCUAGGUAGCCCGAGAUGUUACUCUGUGUCAGCUUUUCGGUUUGGGUCAUUGCUUUGAUUUGCUGUUAUUUUUAAAUGUGGGCUUUUAAUUUCCUCCUACCAGUGUGGUUGCUGUUGACCAGUUUAGCUGCUGCCAUAGCAAGUGAAACCCUUCCAAUAACUUUCGACUGAGUUAUACAGCAGACAAAAGAUGCUGUCUAAAGAAACCAGGGAGCGUCUCGGGGCCGGGGGGGAGCCCUUUGUGGGCAAGCAUUUGCUGAUGCCAGUCAAAUUACCUCCAGUGAUGUUUCUUUCCCUGUGGCCUUUCUUGUGGAGUACCCUCAAGCAUAUUUGUAGACAUUGGUCUUGGAUUACCAGUUAGUCUAUACAGAGCCAGGUGGAAUGCAUCAAGUAUUUGGAGACAGUCAUAUCCUUUAUAGCAGAUAGGGCCAAAUUCUUCCCUCACGCGUGGGUGUGGCUCACACUGAAGUCAGUGCAUCCCUGGGCAGGAUUUGGCCCAAAGAUAUUACUUUUAAAUACCAAGAGGUUUGCCAGGGCUUCAUCAGACCACUGUAAUUAAGACGGGUAGGUAGCCGGAGAAGAUAAUUACAUUUCUGAUGGGAUGAUCACUUGGUUUCAGCAGAAUAAUUAGAUGUUAAUUGAACAGUUCUGGUUCUAUAAUUUAUCAUUUUCAAAGGCUUUUCUGUUGAGCUCAGUAGAUGGACCGGGUUGUUUACCAUCCUCCUGUUCCCAGGCACUGCAAGGCAGUGCGGAUUUGCCAGAGGACUUGGGACGAGCACUUGCACCCACUCAGUGGCUUUAUAAACUGCGCGCUACAUAACGGUGCCAGCUGACACGGUGCUGCCAUAUCUCACAGGGCCUGCAGUUGGCCCUUUUGAUAUUAGCAUUUAUUUUUUUAUAGCUACAGCGAAAACCUAGCCUUAAAAAACCACCCGACAGUGUCCUUUUUUUCGUAGAGAGGAUUCAUUCUGUUCCGAGGUUAGCAUCACUUGGGGAGCAGGAGAGAACAGAGAGAGAAGAGGAAAGAGAGAGUCAGAAUCACAGUUCAUGGCAUUCACAUUCUCAGGAAUAAACAUGCUUGUUGCCAUGCCUACCUGUGCCUAACAUUCUGCUUCCAUUCACAAACUUAACUUUCUGGUAAUUCAGACAAAUGUCACAUGUAAAAACGACAGAUUAUUACCACUGUGUUUAAAUGCCAGAACGUUAACUUUUCCCGUUUCUGUAGUGAAGAGACUGCAUGCCGCAUGUUAUUACACUUUCCUUUGGUUGAUGACACUCUCUAGAUUAGUUUCAGGGGCUGGAGAAAGACUCCAUUUUGUUGCCCACCAUUUGCCAAGCA